CUAACCUUCUAAAUGAAGCAUCUCUUCUCUCUCUAACACACACCCCAACACUAGCCACAUAUAAAAGCAUCUACAUUUAUUUCUUCACACGAAGAUUUUCUCUCUCCCUUUCUUUCCUUUUCUUUUCACUUUCUUCUCUGCAAAGAAACACUACAGCCAACAACACCAUGACUGAGGAAGAGUGGGUUGACGUCGCCAUGUCUGACGACUCCAUCGUCGUCGAGAUGCUACUUCGUCUCCACCAUGCCGAGCCACCGCCGAAAAUGAGAAAGUCUGCGCCGCCGCUGCAGCUUGAGUGGAGCGUGCGUCAGCGUCGGUCCAAGCAGCUCCCGAGAAAAAAGGCGGACGCCACGCGUGCCAGCCCCACCACGCCCCUUUCUUGGAGUGGCGCCACCUCUGUUAGCGGUGGCGCUGCUGACGGCUUCGAAGAGUCCAGCAAGCCGUCUAAGACGAUUGACAAUACGAGAUCUAAGGUUGUCACUACUGGUGAAACCACCGCCCCUAAGAGGUCAAGAAAGAAAAAGACCUUGGUUGAACUGAGAGAGGAGGAGAGUUUGCUUUUGAAGGAAGGGAGAAGUUUGAAAAAUCAAUUGGCAACUGUACGUCUCACACUUGAGAAGCAAAGAAUUAGAAAUGAAAGCUUAAAGAGAAUGAAGCUUGAUAUCCUAUCACAUCAGGCAAUGGAAACAGUAAGAUAUAAUGCAUCACAGGAAGCUAUUUUGAACCAGUGCCAUGGACAAAAAUUAGCUCAUGAUCCUUCACUUGUGCUGUUGCCAGCAAAUGGCGCACACAAUGAGGUGAAUGCAUCUCAUCCCAAUGGCUCUUCUGUAGCACUGCAAGAUGAAACUAAAGGGUCUUCUUUCAUGAUUCCUGAUUUGAAUCUACCUUUUGAUGACGAUUCAAGCUCUGGGGUUUUAUAUGGAAUAAGCUGAGAAGAAUCAGAUGCACAUCGGAUGUUCUUUUAUAACUAAUCAAGGAGAAGAAAGACUGUCAGUGGCACUCUCGCUUAAUAAUACAUAAUGGUCAGUGCUAACUUUGUCACAAGAUGCGUUAUUGUAAGUACCAAACUGAUUACCUUUGCUGCAUAACCUAAUCUCGGAAGUUUGUUUUUUAAAUACAUGAAGGUAGUGGGGGUAGUGUAGAAAUCCUAACUUAGUUACAGUAAGAUUCUUUCUUCACAGGUUUCUACAGUUGUCCGAGAUUCUUUGGGGCCAACCCUCAUUCCUUCCAUUUUAGGAAAUAUUAACAGAGUUGUAAUUAUUAUAUAGAUAAUCACAUGUUUUGGUGCCUUCAAUUUAUCUUCCUGAAUCAAAAUUUGCUAUGCUUGCGAUGUU